AUUCUAACAAGAAACUGUACAAGUUCUAAAAUUUCAGCUUAUUUAUUUGAGUUUAUAUGGUAUUGGCAGAAUAAUGAUAAUCUUUGGGAAAAAAUAUUAGAAUGUAUAAAGAAUAUAGGAUAUUUUGAUAAAGUAGAUAAAACAGAUAAAGAGAAUAAAGAUAAAGAGGAUAAAAACAAAGAGGAAGAUAGAGAAGAGAAUGAAAGUAAUGAUAAGAACAAAAAUGAAGAGAAUGAAGAAAGUAAAAAUAAUGAAGACAAAAAUGAAAAGAAGGAAAGUAAAGAAAAGAAAA